AUGGACUCCUCCCAGCAAAGUUCUGCUGCGGGCGAUGAAACAAAGUGUCGACCGGAGGAGGCUCAUGAAGGAGAGAACGGCGUGCAUGAAGGGGAAAACGGCCAGGCUGAAGAGUUUCACGACGCGGAGGAGCAAAAUGGACACCAUAAACAAGAGCACGAUAGUCACGACAACAAUCAACACCACCACCAUCACCACCAUCACCUCCGGUUACCGUUUCACCACCAUCAAAACACGCCCGAAGAGGAGGCAGCUAAGGUGGAAGAGCUCCGCGCGGCCAUCGGGCCCGUCGACGGCGCGAUCGCGCUCUUCUGCACGGACGCGUGUCUGCGCCGCUACCUGCGCGCGCGCAGCUGGCACGUGAAGAAGGCGGAGAAGAUGCUCCUCGAGACCAUCGCGUGGCGCCGCGCCUCCCAACCCGAGCGGAUCCGCUGGGCUGACGUGGCGAAAGAGUCGGAGACGGGCAAGGUGUACCGCGCGCCGUUCACGGACAAACUCGGACGACCCGUGCUCGUCCUGUGCCCUGGCAAACAGAACACGGACGACCAUGACGGCAACAUCCGGCAGAUGGUGUACUGCAUGGAGAACGCAGUUCAAAGCCUGCCGGAGGGCGUGGAGCAGAUGGUGUGGAUCAUCGACUACAAGGGCUUCACGCUGCGCAAGUCGCCUCCCAUGAAGACGUCCCGCGAGGUGCUGCACAUCCUGCAGAACCACUACCCCGAGCGGCUUGGAGCGGCCAUUCUCUUUGACCCGCCGUACAUUUUUCAAGGGCUCUGGAAGGUAAUUCGCCCGUUCAUCGACCCAGUGACCUUCCAGAAGAUCAAGUUUGUGUACCGCAAGAGUGCGCCCUCUCUCAAAGUUAUGGAGGAGCUUUUUGACACCGCACUGCUGGACUCUGCACUGGGGGGAAAAGGGGAUGCCUAUGUCUAUGACCAUGCAUCGUAUUCCUCUCGCAUGGAGGCUGAUGAUGAACGGAUGGCCAAGUUGUGGGAGCUUGAUGGGAUCAAAGAGAUGCGGAGUAUGCGGAUAGCUGAAUGCAUUGUAGGAGACGAGACGGGGGUGAUUGUCUUCACUGCACGGAAUGAGCAAGUGGACGUUCUGAAGGAGGGCGCAACAGUAAAUCUCCGCAAUGCAAAGAUUGACAUGUUCCGUGGCUCCAUGCGCCUUGCCGUGGACAAGUGGGGUCUAGUGGAGCCAACAGAAGACGCAUCCUUUAAGCCUAAGGAGGACAAUAACCUCUCUCUUGUUGAAUACGAGCUGGUCAACGUUGUUGAUGAAUAG